UGAAGUUUUAGUGGAAACUGCCGGAAAAGAAAUAGACAGGUGGCGGUAGUGCAACCAUGAGGAUGCCGUUAAACACAAAGAAGUAGAAGAUGAAAAAAAAGACGCAACAUGGCACGCAAAACCUCGACCAACGAGAAAUCAAAGAAGUAAAACCAGAUUUGGUUUUAAUAGACCCGGGUCAGUUAAACGUCAUAAUUAAAGAAGAGCAGGACCCCGAGUUUACCGACCAGGACCCGGACUUUGUGGACCAGCAGCACUGUAGCAGUGGUGUGAAGCGGGAGAACCAGGACAACUCGGACGUGAUGAACUAUGAGCAAAACUUUGUGAACCAGGACCACAUCAAGAGGGAGAUUAAAGGGGAAACUCAAGGGCCGGAUAUUAGCGACCACAACUACCACAGUCGUAAAAUAAAUAAGCAGAACCGCAACAAAGAACAUCGGAACCACGCCCCCACUGAACCCACAGAUAAACAGAAACGAAGUGGAAGAAGGACAUUAAGGCCGUGUAUCUAUCAGCAAUGUCACCAAGCCUGUACCAAACCAUCAGAUUGGAAUAAUCACGAAAAGCUUCACUCUAGAGAGAAACCAUACAGUGAUCGUUCUCGCAAAGCAUUCAUGACAAGAAGCAUCUUAAAAGUCCAUCAGCAAAUCCACGCUGAUGGGCUGCUGAUGGAGAGAAAACCACACUCAUGUGAAGUGUGUGGCAAAUCAUUCUCUUGUCCCUAUAGCUUAUGCCUACACCUCCGUGUUCACACUGGAGAAAAACCUUACUCAUGUGAACAGUGCGGUAAAUCAUUCUCUCAGCCAGGUACCUUAGUAGCACAUCACCGUGUUCACACUGGAGAGAAACCUUACUCAUGUGAACAUUGUGGGAAAGCAUUCUCUCGUCGCUCUCACUUAGCAACACAUCGCCACGUUCACACUGAAGAGGAACCUCACUCAUGUGAACAGUGCAGCAAAUCAUUCUCUCAAUUCACACAAUUAAAAACACAUCGCCGCGUUCACACUGGAGAGAAACCAUAUUCAUGUGAACAGUGUGGAAAAACAUUCUCUCAAACAAGUUCCUUAUCAAAACAUCGUCGUGUUCACACAGGAGAGAAACCAUACCCAUGUGAACUCUGUGGGAAAUCAUUCUCUUGGUUUGCUCACUUAGUAGGACAUCACCGCGUUCACACUGGAGAGAAACCAUAUUCAUGUGAACAGUGUGGAAAAACAUUCUCUCAAACAAGUUCCUUAUCAAAACAUCGCCGUGUUCACACUAAAGAGAAACCUCACAUGUGAACACUGGGAAAUCAUUCUCCCAGUUUGUUCACUCAGCAGGACAUCACUGUGUUUAUACUAGAGAGAAGUCUUACUCACGUGAACAGUGUAGAAAAGCAUUCUCUCAAAAGCACUCAUUUACAGAAACACCAAUCCGGUCACGCUGGAGUGAAACCUUACUGGUGUCAACAGUGUGGUAAAUCAUUCAGCGACCUCCGUCACUUAGUAACACAUCACCAUGUUCAUGCUGAAACCCUACUCAUGAACAGUGUGGAAAAAGCAUUCUCUUAGUUAUGUAACCUUAUGAUUCAACAGAAGUACAAUUCUGUACUGAUGGCACCAAACUCAAGCAAGAUAUAAAGUAAACCUCCUGAGAGAAGAGCAUUUGGAGUAAAGGGAACUCUCAAAACAAUACGUAGAAGUGGAGAAAGGAAAUUAGAGGGAGACAUUCACACGAUUGAUGUUAUUGAUGUUGCAGCAGUACCAUAAUGUCUUUUUCUAUAGACAUAUGAUUUUCUAAUAAUGAAGAUUUUGCUUUAAUAGUAAUGUUUUCAGUUGUUUCACAAACUGACUUUUUAGCACAGCAUGGUGGUCUUCUUGAUUAUUUAAAUGAUUUCUAAGAAUUGUAGGAUUAUACUAGAAUAAGUUACAUUAUACACGUAAUAGUAUAGCAUAUAGCAUAAUACACGUUAGUCCAUUUUGUGAACUUGUAAUCAGGAUAAAGCAGAGUUGAAUGCCACAGAGUAAAGUGGGACAAAGCUUACAUCAUGUACAGUAUGACGUACAUGUUUGGCAAUGCUGAAAAACAGUAAGCAUGACAUAAGCAGAAAAUGUGUCUAGAAAACCCUGGUUUUAACUGGUUGGAUGCGAGAUUGCCAUUGCAGAGGAACACCAACCAUCUGAGUGGAAAUUGAGAAAGUAAUCAGAGGACAUUCUGCCUGGAAAGGCACCUCUGCCGCUAAGCAUUAGGCAGGAUGACGUACGGACUGUUCUGGAAAGAGACUCUCACCAAACCAUCUACAACUUAUUACAACUCUCCAGCCAGCCUCAAACGUCCAGAGACAAAGGGGUUGUGAGUACAUUAGCAAUUGACAUAGGGUAAGAUUGGAUCAUUUAGAUUGAUGGCUUGUGAUUUUGAUAUUUUAGUAAUUUUUCUUUUUUGGUGUUAACUUUUGCUUUUUACUAAAUAAAAUACAAGCUUUGCAGUUAAAGUCACAGCUUCCUUGCCUUAAGUUUGAAAAUUGUUUUUUUUUUAUCUAAAGGUUCCUGAUUUUCUGUCUAAGCUAGGCUCACAGGUGAAUGGCAAUUAUUCAAAAUUGUAACAACUGUUAAAAUUUAGAAGGAAGCUGCUGAUAACCCACGUGACUCCUUAGUAUCUGUAAUCAACUGGCCUGUACUAGGGUUCAAAGGUAACAAAAACACAGUUCAUCUACUGCUUCCUCAUUAUAAUAUAGAUUUUUCUAUAAAAGGUAAGGUUCUAUACCACAUUCUCUAAGUAUUGUGGGAAACCUAUGUAUUUCAGCUGUUGCUAUGGCCUCAGACAAAGUCUUGUGUAUCACAAGAUGAAAAACAAAACUUAAAAUCCACAGCCAGUCACAGCCUGCUUUUCAUUGUCUGCUAUUAACACUGUGUGCCCCAGAUAAAAUGGAGGGAGAUAUCCUGCCUUGUUCGGGUGUUUCAGAUACUUCAUCAAACUGCCCACCACCACUACAACUGAGAUGCAUCUGUACUGUUGAGCACUGUCCCCAUGCUGAGUGAAAAGGUAUUCAAAGUUGUCCAUUGUUAUUUCAUACAUAUAGGUGUCUCCUCUUUACUAUCAAGGGUAGGUACUGAAUACUGCAAACAAGAAGGAGGUACACUUCAAAGAUUUUACAAACCUUUUCAUGUUUCUCCAGCAUCAUCACCUUGUAGUUUUUCCACAGAUUUCUACAAAGUUUUGACUUACUAAAGGAUACAACAGUUUUUACAACCGUGUGACGAUUAUGACUGUGACCUGAUUGUUUUAAUUCAAUGUUUGAGAUGAGUGUUUAUGUAAAUAUGUUGCCACAUUUCUCUCUGAGCUUUCAUCCUUUUUACCUGUUCACCAUUACAGUCUGUCAGUGAAGCAUUAGAUCAUGGUGUGGUCAUAGCGUCAUUCUAACCUCUCACUCCUCUGUCCAUAGACUCUACUCAGAUAUCAAAGUUCCCACACCAGCGGCUGCUGUCACGUUGUGUAUUUUUUAUUUUUCUUUCUAAACAUCUUUAAAGAACUAUGUAUCCAGGGUUUAUUUGGUCCUAACAAGGUUCAAGUUUAUAGCUCUAUCAUAGUAUAUGGUCAUCUUAUUUUAGAUUUUUUUUUGUCUAAUAUCUAAAUGUUUUUCCUCCUUCCAGUAAAGUGUUUCAGUGUUAAAAGACCAGUUCAUUUUGUUGUUUAAAUGCACACCCAGGUACACUGUUAACCCGAAUUAUUUGACAUUAUUUGACAACCGCGCUGAAACAUGUUGAGUUUUUGCACAUAAACUAUUAGUCAGUCAAAUGAAACAUCAGAUGUUUAAAAUUGAUGUACGACAGUGCACAAGAGAAGAAGUUGUUUGUGUAAGAAUAUUCAGUGUUGAACCUAACCAGCACAUGACGACUGUGUUGGAUAAGAAAAAGCACAAAGGCACAAUUUUUCCAAUUACAGGUGUUGCUGGAGGAGGAAGACUGUCUGGAAAAUAAGACAUUACAAUGGGCUCAAAACAUGCUUUAGGCUGCAACUGUAGCUUGUGUUAAUCAAAGUGUUGACAGCUCAACAAAAAAGGGUAAAAGAAUGUCACUGUAACUGUACGUUCAUACAAACAGAUUAUACAUAUUAUUUUAUACAUAAA